AUGAUGGGAUUAUUCAGCGGUUUCAAUCUGAAUCCGGGAGCUACACGGAGCUUACCCACAGGAGCAUUUUGGCCUCAACCACAACCCCAACAGACAAGUGAUGCACAAUCAGAGCGAAGUAAUAGUGAAGCAUCACCGCCAAUUGUUCCAACAAGCACCGCAGUGAAUCACAUGUCACACAACUACGCACCAGGCUACCCGGAAUGGCAAGCGGCACAAAAAGCCUUCGCCGCUGCUCAAAGCGUAAAUGGAGCCGCUGCUGGGGCAAAAUUCCCCCCUGGACCUAGUGGAUUCGAUAUGAUGUCCGCUGCGGUCAACCCGAUGUGCCCAUCCGAAUUCUAUCAUCCAGGAAUCACGUGGCCUGGUUAUCAAUACGGUCAACAGUAUCCAUUCGCUACAGGACCAUAUGCACAACAUAUGAUGGAUAUUCCCGGGUUGACAGGUUAG